GUGUCCGUACCAGUGACUGUACCCCUGUCCUGUUCACUUCUCCGGGGAUUUAAUGGGGACUGCGUUGUUUUAGUUCUUUCCGCCUUUGCCGUGAUGCGGUGGAAUAAAACACAGUUGGUUUGACCGAAAGUAACGGCACGAUACAGUAAAGACGGUCAUAUGCAGUUUAUGCAGUAUGUGGUGGAAUGGAUGAGGAUGAGCAGAACCGUUACGUGACUCAGCUGAAAGAGGAGUUUGACAGCUGUGACACUACUGGCACGGGUUACCUGGAUAAAGAAGAGAUCACUGCACUUUGCCACAAACUGAGUUUGGAUGCUCAUCUCCCACUUCUAUUGGACAUACUGCUCGGGUCACAGCAUUAUGCAAGGGUGAAUUUUGAAGAGUUCAAGGAGGGAUUUGUAGCAGUGCUCUCCAGGUCAUUAGACUUUUCUACAUCUGAAGAGGAAAGCAGCUACCUUGAGCCAGCACUGCCAGAGGAGGUCAGCCCAAAGUUUGUGAAAGGGACAAAGCGCUAUGGACGCAGGUCUCGACCUGAUAAAACCACCUCUGUGCUGACGGAUGAGACGGAAAAGGACGAGACGCCUUGUACAGGUGUGAGGAGGGCCAAGCUCAGACGCUCCACCUCACUAGAGAGCGUAGAGAGUCUGAAGUCUGAUGAAGACACAGGAAACAACAAGGAAACAAACAGGGAACAGCAAAAUGCCAUUCAGAACUCACUUCAAUUUGAGGCACAAGGCCAGUUAAAGUGCUGGAAGCCAGACAGCUUAGGAGGUCGGAAGCACUUCAUUGAGCCAUGUCAGGAAGUAACAGAUGGGCAGGUGAGAGCGGUUUGGAAGGAUCUGGGGGUUGGCGCUGGAGGAUCGCUGAACAAGCAAGAGCUGUUGCUAGUAUGUGACCACAUUGGCAUCAAGGAUCUACAAUCUGAGGAGCUAGACAAUCUCUUCAGGAAACUGGAUAAAGACCAGGAUGGGAAAGUGAGCCUUACUGAGUUCCAGGAUGGUUUGUUUAUACAUGGAGAUUUGCCCGAACCCAAAGCUGCAUCCACCCCUGCCCGUCUCAUUAGCCACUGCUCUUUCUCACAGGUCACUACACUUACAGACUUCGAGGAGCGAGUUCUGCGGUCCACCUCACCCUCGUUGCUCUCUGCCACAGUGGGUCAGAGGCUGCUCACUCGGCUGGAUGAUGGCUCAGGCUGCACCAGUCCUGAUAGUGUCAUCACCCUUUGGACUGAGGAAGGAAUUCAUAACAGCAGAGAUAUCCUUCAGACUUUGGAUUUCAAUUUGGAAGAGCAGCUGAGCCUGGUUGACCUCACCCUAGCCCUGGACAAUGAGCUGUUGGUCAGCGGCAAUGGCAUCCACCAGGCUGCACUCAUUUCCUACAAGGAUGAAAUCCAAUUCCUUCAAGCACUGGCAAAUCAAGCCUGUCAGGAGAGGGACAAGGCCAAGGCCCAAUUGGAACUGGCUGACCGUCGUAACCUGCAGCUGGUCAGAGAGAUUGAUGACCGACAUGCCACCAUGGAGUCACUUAAUGAGUCUAAGAUCAAGGAUCUGGAGCAGGAGUUUCGGGAAAAGCUAAGUGCUCUGAGAAGUGAGACGGAGCAAGAGAAUGAGGUGCUGCUUCAGCAGGUGGAGAAGGAGAGAGACAAGUUUAGGGAAGAAGUAGAACUCCUCAAAAGCCAAGAAGCCAACUUGCAGGAAGAAGCCACUACUGCCAUUAAGGAGAACAGUCGUCUAGAAGAGGAGAACUGUGCUCUAAAAGAGAAGCUGUCUGAAGCUGAAAGCAACAUCUCUAAACUAAAGAAGGAUCUAGACCAUGUGCUACAGAACAAGUAUGGUGGUUUAGAUCCAAACAGUGCAGGACUGAUAAGUCAAGAGGAGCAUCUCUCAGGGAUCAUAAAGGAGUAUGAAUUGCAGUGCCGGGAGCUGCAGGACAGGAAUGACGAGUUGAGCUCUGAGCUAGAAGUACUGAAAAAUCAAGGUUCAGGAAAGAAAACCAGAAAAUCAAGAGACAGACCUUCCGCUUACACCUGGUCAACAAGCCACAGAGGACCAACCACUGAGUCUGAUUCUGAUGACCCUGAAAUAAAAAGAAUCUCUUCUCCCAAAAUCAAGAAAUGCACUAACAAGAAUGCUUUGGGGUCAUUGGAGAGUCUAGCCCCUACUGUGAGCAUUGAGACUGAGCUAGCAAUGGAGCAACUUAAAGAAAAAUAUGAACAAGAGAUCCAAGAUCUGAAAAUCCAGUUGGAAACCAAGGUAAACUUCUAUGAACGCACCAUAGAACUGAUGAAGCAGAACAUGGAGGUUGAGCGUAAGGAAAUUGCUCAGGGCUUCAAAAUGGAAAUAAGUGAACUGGAGGAGCAGAAGGCUUCGGCAGAGAAGAGACAUGAGCAGCUACGUAAGAAUGUGGAGCGGUUAGAAGGGGAACUGAAGAUAAGGAGUGAGGCCAUGGCUUGGGGACCUGAACAGGAGCGACGAGUUCAGCGGGAGCAGGCGGAACUCGAGCAGAACUAUGCCCGUGAGAUUGGUAACAUUGUGCAUCGCCUGACCUCAGAGAAGGACCAGCUGGAGGCAGAGCUUAAGUUAAAAAUGGAUCAGGAAGUACUACUUGUUAGGGAGGAGCUGGAGCAACAGUUAUCACAAAUCAAGGCUCAGUACAGCGAGACUCAGCACAGUUUGCUGCAUCAGCUGCAUGGUGAGCAAGUUCGGCUGCAGGAACAGACCGAGCAACGCUGCAGGGAAAUGGGCGCGUGGGAGGCUAGAGUGAAGGAGCUCGAGCAGGAGGUGCGCAAGGAGCGGCUUCACAGUGCUGAGCGCUUAGGGGAGGAACAGGUUCAGAUCUGCAGCAGUGCUGCUCAGGAAAGGAAGAAACUUGAGGAAAAGCACCAAGAAGAGGUUCGGCAGCUAAGGGAGUGUAUUUGCAAGAUGCAGGAGCAGGCUGAGCUACAGUGUAAAGCAGAGGAGGAAUCACUCAUCCUACAAAGGGAGAUGGAGGAAAAGCUGGAGGAGAUGUGUGUUCAACUGGAAGACAACACAAUAUCAAUGAAAGCACAGGAUGCCCUUAUCCAGAGUCUGACCUCAGAGCUUCAUGCCAAAGAAAGAGAGAUAGACAUUAAGAAGGAGAAAGAACAAAAGCUUCUCAGUAAGGUGUCUCAGCUAGAGCGCAAACUUAAUUUUGAACGAGAAAGGAAGCUUUCUCAACAAAAGGUGGAGAAAAACAAAGAGGAACAGCUUCUUGGCAAGGUGUCUCAGCUUGAACAGAGACUUAUGGAGGACAAAAAGAGGGAAGAAGAGCUUCUUGAUAAACUCUGUCAGUUUACAGAGGAAUGGGAUGGCAUGAAAACUGGAUUUGACAGAGUUCAAAUAGAAAAGGAAAGAAUUCAAGGAAACUGCAAUAAUUUAACAUCUGCACUUGUCCAGCAAAAAGCACAGCUUGAGGAGCAAGAGAAGGAACUUGAUCAGCUUAGAGAGAAUUUGGAAAAAACUCAUGAGGCAUUAAAAAGCAGAGAUGAUGAUUUGACAAAACAGACUUCUGAGCUAAAAUCUGUGGAGAUGGACAGAGACCGGCUUGUGGAGGAGCUGAAGAGUCAAGACAAUGUUGUGAAGGAACUUCAAGCAAAGUUUCAAAAUCUCUCUGCAGACUGGGAUAAGCUGAAUGAUAUUGUACAAAACCUACAGAAUGCUCUAAGCAAGGAGCAAGGCAUGGUUUCUUGGCUACAAACUCAACUGAACUUGGAACAGGAAGAGAAGAGCCACCUUCUGCAAGAGAAUUCCUGUUAUAGAAAUCUCUCAAACCAACUCUCAUCCCAGAUUGUGGAAAUGGAAUCUGAAACAACUAAGCUUACAGAAGAUCUCAAGGAACUGAGAGGAGAAUUACAUCUCAAGGAUAAACAAUUAGUAGAACUCAGGACCCUGCUAGAUACCAAAUCCAAAGAGAGAGACUUGCUCUGGAACGAGGUGCACCAGAAGACAGAGAUGUGUGAAAAUGUCAACCGUCUUUCUAAUGAGGUACAACAUUUGACCCAGUGUUUGGAGGACAAGGAAAAGGAGCUGUGCUCCCUUAGAGAAAAAACAGACAGUGACACUAAUCAGCUGCAGCAGUCCUUGAUGGACACCCAGGAAGAAGUUCGGCAGGUGGAGGAAGCAUUUAAUUGGGAGAAGAACCAGAUGAAAGGGCAGUUAUUAGAGAUGGAGAGACUCGUCAUUGCUCUGGAAACAGUGAUGGACCCAUCAAGUCCACACAGGGCCAAACUCGAUCAGGUUAAUUCUGAAAACAGUGCACUGAAAGACAGAUUGACUGUUUUACAUCAGGAUGUAAUGAGGUUGGAGGAGGAAGUCAGCAAAAAGAGAAGGAAACUUGAGGAAAUGGGAAGAGAAUAUUUAAAAAUUGAAGAAGAAAAGGAGAGGUUCCACAAAGAGAACUCCAAGCUACGAGGAGAGGUGUUGGAAUUAAGUGCACGAAACUUGCAGCUUAGCAACGAGAACGCAGAGUUAAAUUCUCGCCUCCAGUCUGACCAAGGCACAGUACAGAUGUUGACUGAAAGGCUUUCCCAGGUGUGUCAAGAACAAGACGAGUUGACAAACUUCAUCAAACAGCUCCAAGAGACAAAUAGCAGUCUGGAGAAAGAGAAGCUACAGCUGCAAGCUAGUAAGCAAGAUGAAAAGAACCUCCUGGAGAGGCAGCUGAAGGAAACCAAAGACAAGCUUGAACACUUAACAGAGGUUGAGUCCGCCCUGAUGAGCCUAACCUUGAAAAAACAAUCGCUUCAGCAGGACAAGGAGAACUUGUUGAAAGAUGCAGAUGAAAGGAACAAAAAGCUUAAAAAACUUCAAGAGAGUGUUGACUCACUUGAGUGCCAGUCAUCACAGCUUCAUUCUCAGAUUCAUUCAAUGUGCAAGGAAAAGGAGGAUCACAUGAAGGAAAUGUCCACACAACACGUACUGUUAAAGGAAUCGCAAAACAAGGCUCUGGAGCUUGAAACCAGGAUGCACCAAUUGGUUAAGGAGAAAGAACACAUGCAGCUUGUUCACAGAAUGCAGGAGGAGACAGCAGCCAGUGCUCUUCAGGAAAAACUGAGAAGUGUGCAAGGCCAGUGUCAAGAGCUUCUUGACAAGUUGAAAGCGUCUGAGUCUAAGGUGCACGAUCAGGAGAUAGAACUUCAGAGGUUAAAGCAUGAAAGCCUCACUUUAAAAAACAAACAGGCCGAACUGGAGACCACCAAGCGGGAGGCAGAAGAGCAGGCUUUGAGGGCAAACACUGCUCUAUCACUGAGCAAGGCACAGCAUGUUCGUGAGGUGCAGGAGUUACAGGAACAGAUCGGCCUCAAUACCCAGGAACUACUUUCUAACCUACAUACUCAACUAGCUGAACACCAGAGUAAAACACAGCAGCUGGAGGUACAGCUUCACUCUCAGGCUCAGCAGGCCAGGACUCAACUGAACCUUCAACAGGACCAGUAUGAGAAAGUAAUGGAAAACAUGCAAGACAGGAUGGAUGAUGUGGAAACCAAACUUAAGGCGGUACGUCUGAUGCUGCAGGAAAAGGUUACCCAGCUGAAGGAGCAGAUGUCUAAGAACAUUAAGUCAGAUCUGCUUCUAAAGGACCUCUACGUAGAGAACGCUGAACUUAUGAAGGCUCUGCAGAUAACUGAGCAGCGGCAGAAAAGUGCAGAGAAGAAGUCCUUCCUUUUGGAGGAGAAGGUCACCGCACUCAACAGAGUCUUGCGUAAAAUUGCUCCUGUCUCUCUUUCCACUUAGGAUAGGAUUGUUGGCCACAAAUAUCCCUAACAAUAGUGAAAUGGGAAAAGCUAGCCAAGUUUUUUUUUGUUUCUGGCUGAAAUGUGACAAUCAUUGUUGAUUUAAGCUCCAGGUUUAAAAUGAACACCACAAGCGAUAUGCCGACAAUGUUUGCAAUAAAUUGUGUUCUACCAGUUUAUAUCAACAUGUAAUGUUACAAUUUUGGAAAAGGCCAUGAACAUUUUAUUAUGUCUCUUCUGAGACAAUCGUGUCUGAAUAAAAUAUUAACCGGAAUAUUGUAUAGGGGCAUUUUGCUAAUGAAAAAUUCAUUUGUUUAUAUACAUUAUAAUGUUUGUACGGUAUUCGACUAGAUGGAUCAACACACAGUAUUCUUCACAUGUACAUUUUUGAUACACAGGCUGUCCUUAAACUUGCACAAUCAUGAUGCACUACUGUACAGUCCACUGUGAUAUUCAUAAAUUGUGUUGACAGUCUUGUAAAAGGUGUAAUUUUAUUGAUUUGUAUUGUCUUUACUUUGUCUAUUUAAAAAAAAUCUGAAUCACUGUUUAUAUUUGGACAGUAAAACUUCAUUCAGAAAAAAA